AUGAGCAAUGCCGGAUUUGGCGUGCCAGCCACAGCUGCCCAGUUUACCCUACGGGUUGCCAGCAAAGCGCUUGCAGGGUGUGAAGUGCUAGCCAGCUAUGGAGAAGGCUUCUCCAAAGCUGCUGAGCGCGUCAACGCCGCCCAGGACGCGGUCGCUAAGGCUCUCCUGGGUAUCCCGGCUGCAGCAAGUGUAGGCUCCCGCGCCGCUGUGCUGGCUGAAACACGCCUGCUCAUUAGGGCUGGCACCAUGGUUGCGCAACGAAUUGCAAUGACCAGGGCCAGAAUUUUCCUCCUCCCUAGGGAUCACCCCACCUCACUCGCUGUGCAGUGGAUUGUGGCGGGAAAUGUCCAAGACACCUGGUGGACGCACUCUGCUGAGGUGGUUCGUGCAGUUCUCCAAGUGCCGGAGAUCUGGCACACAAUUGAAGUCACGGAUGAAAUCCGUAGCUCGAUCGUGCACAGGAAACGUGCGCUGGCAACCUACAAAAGGCCAGCUCCAGAAUGCUCUCACCGAGGCCAUUUUGCCGUACCGGAGUAUCUGCCCCACGCUGCAGCAGUGGAGACCACCGGAGCGCUGGGCACACUGGCCCCCAUCCAGAUGGCGCUUGCACAGGAUCUGGUGUGCCGCCAGCGUCAGAGGCGCCCUGCCUCUGCUCACACCCAAUUCCUGCUUCCUGCGAAUUGUCCCCGUCUGCCCGUUCUGCCACACGCAGGUGGCCGGAAUCCUGCGGUGGAUUGCCCAGCCAUGCAGGAUCUGAGGACUCCAUUCCAGGACAGUGGCCAAAGUUUAUUUGUGGUGGCCAUGCAGCCCGGGGCGCUGCAGGAAGCCACAGCCAUUGCCAAGGCGCACUUGGUCGGAGGGGCUGUGUGUCGG